AUGCAGAACAUUUUAUUAUAGGAGGGAAACAACACCAUAAAGAUUAAUACAAACAAUCAAAUUCAAAGAGAAGAGGAUGAUUAAGAUUCUGAUUAAUCCAAAGUAGAUAUCAAUAACUCCUAAUCAAAAGAGACUGAAAGUAAUAACUAAUCGGAAUUGUUAAUAAAGAUGAUAAAAAAUUCUUUGUAUAUUUAUGCGUACUUCAGCAUAAGCAUUAAAAUAUUAAACUUGUUUAAGCCAAAGUAUAAAUUCAUCUGGAAUAUGUACGAGCAUAUUUAAAAAUGA